AUGGGAGUUUGUAGUUCAUCCAAAAAGUGUGAAAGCACUAGCGGCUCCAAGAAUAAUUUUAAUCCAGCUUUGACCAACACUGUGGACGUUCAACAAACCCUAAGAGAAACCAUUCCUAUAAUAAGCGAAUAGAGGAUAAAUUAAAACCAAACCGCCUCAAGAAAAUUGAAAAAAGCAGGCACUUUGAGUUAUUUUGAAUACAAACCCGAUAAACCAUCCACAGUACAAAAAUAAAGUAAAAUCUACUUAAUAAGUCCAUAGGAAGUAACAGGAAGAUAGUUUAGAAGGCACCUCAACUUAAGAUUAAAGUCACUGACUCAAUUGCUUCUAAAGACUAUUCUGUUUAUAAGGGGAAUGUCAAGAUUGCCGAUAAAUCGACCGUUCGUGUAUUGUAGCACAACAGCGAUGGAUAAGUAGUUAUUAUGGAACAAUUACCAUAUGAUUAAGAUGGAAAGGAUUAUAUUGAAUGGCUCCAAAAAACCAAUUUGGUACUCAUUAUUUGUGAUUUUGAUUAGGAAUUCUAUCAUAUUGGAAAGAUUCAUGAAAUCUUUAUAUUUGGAAAACAAUUUUAGAUAAUUAGUGAAUUUUGCACAGGAGGUCCUCUAUCCCAGUUAUUGCACAGCAAGCUAUCAGAGUAGGUAGUUAGUAACAUUAUGGAUUAAAUAUUUGAGAUCAUCAAUUUCCUACACUCAAAUAAGUUGGUUCACAAUAAGUUGACAAUAGAUAGUUUUUCUUUUUAUUACGAUUUGUAAAAUUAUUUGAUUAAGUUGACUGAUAUCAGGAGUUUACAUAAACCUCUACGAGAACCUUAACUUCAAAUCAUUUAAUAUGCUUCUCCUGAAGCUCUAUCCACCCACUUUCAUCAUCCUCAUAAGUCAAGUGACAUAUGGUCCUUAGGAAUUAUUGCCUAUCAAUUAAUGACCAGAAAUUUCAUUUAUGAAAGGGAUCAAGAUUUGACUACUAUCCAAGAAGUCAAAUCGGCAAUCCUGAGGUGGACAAGCAAUAAAAUCAUAAAGGAUGAGGUGUCUUAAUGUUUUGAGGAUCUAAUUUAAAAAAUGCUUCAUUCUGAUAAAAAUUAAAGAAGUAAAAUAGAGGAAUGUCAGAAACAUGAGUUUAUUGUAAAGCAUUAGAAUAAAAACUUGAAUUGCUAUUUCAAAAACUAAUUUACUGAGGAAUUCAAUAGCAAAUUGCAGAGAUGGCUCAUGAUUUAUCUAAUAAAUCACUAUGAACACUCUCAUCACAAUGUAGCACAUAGGAUUUUCGAUUUAUUGGAUUAGGACAAGGAUGGAAAGUUGAAUGCAGCAGAAUUGUAGGAAUUUGAAAGAAAACUUAAAUAAGCCUAAGGAUAGGAUAUGAACAUCAAAGUCAUAUAGAAUUUGAUUGCCAAAGAAGUGGAAUUAGGAUUGGAGGAUUUCAUUGUGAUGAUUUCUAAUAAAUCUCUGUACAUUACUCAUCACAAUAUCCAUCAUAGUUUUAAGAAGUUAGCUAACAAAAGUUAAGAAAUUACUGUAAAAUCUUUGUCAAAAAUACUCAAUAUUUCAGAAGAGGAUAUGGCAGAGGAAUUCAAGAAUCAUCAACUUUACUACGAGGUAUCUCUCUCAAUAUUAUAUAAUAGACGGAUUGCAUUCCUUUAGAAUUUGCAUAAUAUGAGACGAUUAUGAAUUAGAUUCUGGUAGUUUAAAAUGAGUUUUAAUGA